CAAAGGGGACUGGAUGGGGAAGGGGAAGGGGAGACGGAAAGGGGUGCGUGCCAACUGCGUGCCAACUUGGCAGACAACUCACCAUCGCAUUGCCAUCCGAUCCACUUAGCUGGUGGCCCUAUUGUGUCAUGUAGAGGAGAUUGUCUGUUUCAUCCCGGCCCAUAUGUCGUCGUCAUUUGCAUGCCACGCAACCGGUUCUGGUCAGUCCUCAAACGGCCUCACACUCAACUUAUCUUCCAACAAUCCCUUCCGCAAUCGUGCUCCGUCGCCCGCCAGCCUCGACUCUCCUUUCCUCAACAAACCCGCAUCGCCCUUUGAUGACCCUCCAGCUCGCCCGUUAUCGCGAAACCCUUUCCUCGAUCAAGCGCCUCCGCAGCCGUUGAGGUCCCCCCCCGGCAUCAUGUCGCACCAGUCCGAUUCCAAGUCACUAUCCGCCGAGGAGAUUUUUAACUCCUUGACUCUUGACGAUACCACGCCUGCCACCGACCGGCCAAAGCCACCACCUGGCGGCCCUCGUCGUCCCAUGGAUCGCCCACCUCCUCGACGAGGUGAUAAGCCACAGGCACCACCCGACGGCGUCCACCGCCCGACGCGCUCCCAGGAAGAGGCUCUCAGAGCUCGAAGAAUGCAAGCCGGUGGUGCUCCUCGCCCAAGCCCCAACUCACCUCAGCGAAAACCCCAGCAACGACGCCCGCGACGAAACUCCGAAUCAUCUGUCCUGGACUUUGACGCACAGCCUCUGACCGAGGAGGAGAAGAGGAUGAUUGAAGCCAAGCGACGCGAGCGCGACCGACAGCGUCGUGGCGAGGGAAAAGAGAGGAGCAAGUCAGGCCGUCCUAGUCGACGAAUGGACAUCAUUGACCAGCUUGAUGCGACGAGCAUCUACGGAACUGGAGUCUUCCAUCAUGACGGCCCCUUUGAUGCCUUGAACCCCCACCGGAAUCGUGGAAGCAGCCGACGCGCGCCCAUGCAGGCUUUCCCCAAGGACUCGCUCAACAACUCCCUGGGCGGUGCUGGCCCACUCAACAGCACAGCCGACCACUCUGCCUUUAUGGGCAAUGCUACCGAUGAGGCUUUCCGGGACUAUGCUAGGGGUGGGAAAGGGGCCAACGCCAUGUAUUCUUCAUCUCGCGCUGAACCACCCAUCUUCAAUCCCGUCGGCCAGGACAUCAUUCAUGGCGACGAAUCUCAUGGCCUGGGAACCUCGACAUUUUUGGAGGGAACGCCCGCUGCGAGGAGCGCUAUCGUUCGCCGCCAAGUAGAGCAGGCACAGGAGAACAUGGAGGGUGGUCUCCAGCGCAAGAAGUCGCUGGCGCAACGCAUUCGACGCGUCGGCGGGGGCCCUCGCGACAAUGGAGGCCGGUCAGGGGGUGAGGGUGGUUACUCCAGGAUCUCGCCCGAGGCGGUGGGAUCUGGCGCAAGCAACCUCUCGGAUAACAACCCGUUCUUCUCAGAGUACAACAAGGGCGAGGAAGGGUUCAGCACGAAGGGACGAGAUGACGCAAGAUCACCACCCAACCAAGCCCCGACAAACCGACGUCCCUCAGCAGGCCUUAUUCUAGAGCGACGAUCGACGACUGAUGGGACCUCGGCCCUGGAUGACAGUGCGCCACCAAAGCCGACGGGUCUCCUGGGUCGGAUGAAGAGUUUGAAGGGUGGACGGAGACCUCGACCAGAUGGCAGCAGUGCCCCUCCCCAGCCCGGGACAGCUGUCUAGUGGAGACUGAGCGCCUGGCGACUAGAGACAGGGCGAGCAUC